AUGAAGGACCUCAGCUGCUGCUUCACUCUCUUCAAGUCCUCCAAACUCCUCCACAAACUGAAGUGUGAGGUCUGCGGAGCUCGGUUUGAAACCAGACGGGGUCUCUCCAUCCACGCCCGCUACCACCUGCGUCAGCUGGGCAUCGGCGUGUCUGAGCACAGCGGAGCCGCCGUCACCCUCCUCCACCAGAUCGCCACAGAGCAAAACCUCAACAGCGGGACCGGCUCACGUCUCCCCGAGCCCGAGAAGUCCUCCCCGUCCGGUCCGCGGAAAGAUGAGGCGGUAGAAGACAUGGACCUGGACGAAAAACCGAUCCCUCUCUCCAUCCUGGCCAAAGCAGCGAAGUCGGCGCCGCCUUCCUCCUCCUCGUCCUCCACGCCGACCCCUUCUCCUGGCGUCUCCCCCGCCCCGCCUCACUCUGGAUCCCCUCCCUGCGUGGUGAGGAAAGCCCCCAUCUCCUCCCUCCUGCCCGUGUCUUCCCCCCUGCGCUCUCUGGAGCACAAGUCCGGGGGCAUGAAGAGUCUGACCUCCAGCCUCUCCUCCUCCAUCGGGACGUCUAAACCGCUCUGGGCGCCGCAGGACGAUGACGCUCCUCUCAACCUGACUCUGGAGGUCGACACCAACAAGGACAUCGUGUGUCAGCUGUGCGGCGCCUGGUUCGAGACCCGUAAAGGUCUAUCCAGCCACGCCCGGGCCCACCUGCGGCACUUCGGGGUGGAGUACUCCGAGUCCAAGGGCUCUCCCAUAGACCUCCUGAACCAGCUCAUGGACAGCGACGACUUCAAGCACAAAGCCGGGUCCCUGCAGCUGGACGACCACACAGAACCUCGCAGCCUCGCCUCCACCCUGUCCUCCACCCUGUCCUCCACCCUGUCCUCCCCGAAGCAGUCCUCCCUGCUGAACCUCUCCUCCACCUCCUCCUCCUCCUCCUCUUCAUCUCUCCUCUACAAGGUGACCACAGCUGGCGGCGGCCGGUCCACUUCCAAAGCUACCUCUUCCUCUGCCUCGUCUCUGCUCGGCCCGCCCACCAAGCGGCUCAAAUCUUCUUCCAUGAGGGUCUUCCGCCUGAGCAGCGGCGAGCUCAUGGCGCUUCCUCACAGUGAACCUCCCAAAGAGAUCGGCUGUGAGUUCUGUGGAGAAUACUUUGAGAACCGUAAAGGCCUCUCCAGCCACGCCCGCUCUCACCUCCGUCAGAUGGGCAUCACCGAGUGGUCGGUGAACGGCUCGCCCAUCGACACGCUGAGAGAGAUCAUCACCCGACGAGGCCUGCCCUGCGCUCUUCCUCUCAAACCUCUAAAGACUCCUCCCUCCUCCUCUCCCGGCCCUCCUCGCUCCCCUCUGUCCUCCUCUUCCUCCCCCUCCUCCUCCCUCAUCAGUCGUCUGCCUUUCGCCUUCGCGCGCCCCUCCAGUCCUCCUCAGCCCGCCGUGUCCAAAUCCAGCCCGGCCACGCCCACGUCGUCCGGCGGGUUGAUCCUGAAGCUGAAGCCGGAGCCGGUGCAGCUGGAGGUCACGGCGCACGGAGGUGUAGGGGGGUCAGCCGGACUCUCUGCUGAGGCUCACACCUGGAGCAGCUCGGACAGCGUGUUCCCUCUAAACCUGGCCAUGACGAGCGAGGUGGAGCCCACCCGAGACAUCCGCUGUGAGUUCUGUGGAGAAUACUUUGAGAACCGUAAAGGCCUCUCCAGCCACGCCCGCUCCCACCUCCGUCAGAUGGGCAUCACCGAGUGGUCUGUGAACGGCUCGCCCAUCGACACGCUCAGAGAGGUCAUGCACAAAAGAAGCUCCUCCUCCUCCUCCUCCUCAGACCAGGGGGUGAAGAAAGAGUCCACCCCGGGCGCCGGGAGUCCUCGCUGGGAGACCACCGGAGGCUUCGAGGGUCUCAGCGUUUCGGGCUUCCAUUCCUCAAAGUACCGUAAGUCUCCCCUGAGUCUCCUGCAGUCCGGAUCCAGACUCCACAAGCAGGGCCUGGGCUCCGUCAGCACGUCCGCGGCGCUGUCAGGAGGGAAGUUCUUCAGGAUGUCUCCGCUGGGAAAGAGACCUCUGUCUGAGGAGAGCCGGUCCGCAGAGACCGGGCACUCGCCGCAGAGUCAGAUGAAGACCUUCUCACCUGUGCCCCACGACUUCUCCUACAAGAGGAAACCCUCCCCGGACAAACACGGACACCAGGAUCCCAGCUGUGAGCUGUGUGGGUUCUACUUUGAGAACCGUAAGGCUCUGGCGAGCCACGCUCGGGCCCACCUGAGGCAGUUUGGGGUGACGGAGUGGUGCGUGAACGGUUCCCCCAUCGAGACGCUGAGCGCGUGGAUGCGCAGCCGUCCUCAGAAGGUUCUGGAGAUGCACCGCAGCUACAUGCAGGGCAGCCGCUCCACCCUGAAGAAGAAGGCCGCCUCCUCCUCCUCCUCCGCCUGGUCCUCCUCUCUGGCUGUAGGCCUGGUGCGGCCGCUGAGCCGUGAGGUCAGCCACGGCUCCUCCAGGACCGCCGAAAGUGACGCUGGCAACAACCUGCAGGGCGAUCCCAUCAGAUCCGGACGCAGCAGUCCCAGUCCCUCACGGCUGGCCGGCGGUCUCCCGCUGCAGGCGCAGGUGGCACGCAGCGAGCUCAACGUCCGGCUGCCCAGAGGUUUUGAGCGUCGGCCAUUGAAGCACCCGUCUCUCUCUGAGGGAACAGAGCGGGACAGCGGCCCUCCAAAGCCCCCCCGCACAGGCACCGUCCCCGCCCUGGUGCCCAAACCGCCCUCCUACCCGCUGGUCAAACUGGUGGGCAAGUUCUACACCCUGAAGUGCCGGUUCUGUGAGGUGGAGUUUCACGGCCCGCUGUCGGUGCAGGAGGACUGGAUCAGACACCUCCAGCAGCACAUCCUCAAGAUGAACUACAACAAGCCUGCUGCUCCAAAGGAAACCUCUGCUGGACCCCCCGCCUCGGCUGAAGACCAGGCCCAGGUCCAGGCCUCCACCUCUACCUCCAGUACCACUUCCACCACGCCUGCCCUCACCUCCACCUCCACCUCCACCCUCACCCGCUCCACUGCUCCCAACAGCAGCUCCUCCCCCACGCCCCCCUCUGAGUCUGCUCCGCCUCUCACUGCCACAAAGAUUGUAAAGGUCUCGGAGGAGCAGUCCGCCCCGUCUCCGGCCCCCCUCUCUGCCCAGACGGUGUGAGCUCAGAGGCGUCCCUGAAGUCACAUGACUCCUUUAGUUUCUCUGCCUUUCCUCUUUCCUUUUUCGUCCAUUGUUUCGUCGUGUUCCUUCGGCCUUCACAAAGUGUAGUCGAGGAGGAGUGUUUGCCCUCCAAAGAGCCCUCUGAGCACCUUUUGAAGCAGCUUUCUAGACUGUUACUAAGUCCCGUUACCAAGGGAACCAAGCUCUCCUGGCUUACCUGUGCAGCUGGGACGGAUGAUUGUGAGAAGAGUCCGAGGUUAGGGGACAAAAAGAACCAAUGAUACGUGCUUUUGCCUUGUUUCUACUGAAUGUCCAGGGGAUGAUGGGAACCAUUCACUGGCUGAUUGAAGCGUUAAUGUAGCCCUUUAUCAAACCUCAGCCUCCCUUCGUCCCUCGUUACCCAAAGCACUGUGUGAAAGAUGGACGACAUGACGGCUCCUGAACAGUGAAGCCAAACAUUUAGAGCUCCCCCUGCUGACCGGCUGCGGUACAGGUCUUAAAGACGUGUCAAAAACAACAUGUCAGACAUGUUUGAGAUUCUGUCUUUAUAGAUUCUUCCUGUCAGUCUGUUUGAUGCAGAUCGUUCUCUUCCCUGAGUUUUAAUUGGUGGUUUGAUGCUCUUAAAGGUGUAGGACACCUUGAUUGAUGGUGAUUAUCAGAGGAGAGGAGGAUCAGUGAGAGGACAUGUCCCUUAAAGAGCCACAAGAGUCUUUGACCUGUCCAUAACCGCGUCUGUUUGUCUGCUGAGAUAAACCUGAGGGUUGUUAUCAGGAAGGGGCGGGGCAUCAAUACGGUGGCUCCACCUGCAGAGCUGUACGGCUCAAAUGGGACCUCCACCAGAUCAGUGUCCAGUCUAUCUCUGCUCUCUCGACCGUCAACACCCACCGGUGGUGUUUUCAGGACCUCCGGACAGCUGGAGUCAUGUGACCGAGGUUUCCCCUUCUGUAAUCCCUGAAUCAAGGAUUCUCCUCCUCCUCCUCUCCUCAUCCAUGUUGUCUUUCUGGUCCUCUGAAAACCUCUGACCUGUUGACUCCAGGCCUGGCUCCGCUCAUCAUGACUUUGGUUUGUUGUUGUAGUUAAGUGAAAUACGAUCUGGUGAUAACACAGAGUGUUUUAUUCUGAAAAUUAACCGGAUGUUUUCAUUUGGUUUUGGUGAAACCUGACUUCCUGUCCUGCUCCAUCUGCUCUGUUGAGAUUGAUGCGUCGUGCUCCGGCAUCUGGCACAAAUAGAAGUCUAGUGUAUCUGAUCCGGAGGACUACGACCUGCCGGACUGGACUCUGCAAUGGAGCGGAUCCAGUGGAAGUUAACACACUGACUAGAAUAGAAACCUCUCAGAUCUGGUGCUGUAACAGACUGGACACAGAUCUGGUGGAAAUUGGCCGUCAGACUCUGACCCCAAAAAACACCACCUGUGCAAAAUGCCUGUGCCUACCUGGAGCGUAUUUUGGCUUCACUUUGCCCAGUGGGCGGAGCUGCAGACAUGUCGUCCAUCUUUAAAUACAGUCCAUACUUUGCCCCGUAUAAUCAGUUUGACCUGUGAGAUUUUCCCCGGCUCUGUCGGCACGCUGAAAGCUCUGACUGAGACCAAACGACACUUUGAAUCAUGCUAGUCUUAAGGUUGAGACUUUAAAAUACUUUAAGUGGUGUUAAAAACAAAAACAAAAGGCACUUUGAACGUGACAUGGUCACUGAGCACUUACCGAAGCGUCCACGCCCAUGGGCCGAAUCAGACGACGCCUAAUUGGAUGACCGACAGGAGCAAGAAGAGGAAGUACACUCUAAAAGGGAAAGUCCUGACCUGAUCGUGACCCCCCCCUCCAAACAUGUGUUUGAAUGUAGCUCAAAGCACCUCAUGAAACCUUAACCUGAUAUUUGCACACAUUCAUACAAACAGAAGCCCCUCCCCCCUCGCGAUAAACAGAAUCAACCUUAAUGAUGUCAUCACCUUCAGCAGAUAGGGCUCCUCGGGCCGAGUGCAGCGGCUGGGCGUGAACACGCGUCUACGAUCAGAGCUGUGAAAUGUUCGGACGUUCAUUCACACAGAAACUAAGCAUUCCAACAGGAAGAGAGUUCUGGAAUGGAGUUAUUCUGAUAAAGGGACAUUCCGCUGCGUUGAUAGCGAGUUCCAGAAUGUCUCCUUUUGAAAACUGAACCCUGUCUGUUGCACAUGUGCACUACAGUCCAAGUCAGUUACACAUACGCCUCUCUAGAUGAACAGUUUUCAGAGCGAUCGUUCGCCAUCGUCCUCUCGUUUGUUCGUCCUCACCGCUCCGUCGAGGAACGCCUUUCUGAUGUUUCUGUAGAAAGCGACACACCCCCCAAACUCCUGCUCCUUUUCAGUCCAUCUUGUGUUGUCAUGUGUACGCAGUGUUGCCAACUCCUCAGUGAGGAGAUUAGCUAUUAGCUGUCCUAAAAGUCUCUAAAUGACAUCAUCACUUAAUUUGCAUAAUCUGAAUUGUAAAGGACGCUGCAGGAGAGACGAGUAACGAUGAGGGAGAGACAAAAAGAGGUUAAAAAACAACCUAAAUAUGUUUAUAACUACACUGAGGAGCCUCCAACUAAUCAAAGUCAAACAUCACAUUUAUCAACCAGAACAUGUUCAACAUGUUGAUGUUUAUAAUCUACUUUAACUAUCUCAAUCAGGGGUUCUCAAACGUUUUGGGGUCAGGGACUCCUUACAGGUGAGAAUAUUUUCCAAGGACCCCUCAUAAUUGUAACAUCAAUUAAACAUGCUUACUACCAUUUGCACUCUUAGUCUCCCUUAGAACUAUUUCUAUUAUAAAACUUAUCAAUCUAAACACUCCAGACCUGUUCCAGAGUGACAAACAGAAAACACUUCACCCUCUGUGUUUCCUGGACGAUGUAUUCCUCGCUCUCUCGCUGGAAAGGUUUUUAGUUUUGUCCUGAUAUUCCAGGUGAUUAGAUGUCACUUUAGCUUGUUUGGCUUCAUAGCUUUGUUCUCUAGCAUCUGAAGACACGUGGCACAUUAUGGUCUCCCGUCACUGUUCUCAAUGAAACCAAACUCCAUGUACCGGUCGUCAUGUUGUUUUAAUGUAGCUAGCUUGGGCUUAGCAUCACUUGAUGAUGUGAACUGAUUUAGAAAUGGCUCCAUGCUAGCGAGCUAGUGAGCAAAGCUAAGUAGUAGCAGGAACAGUUGUGACCGGAGUGAAGUGUGAAGGAGUGACAGAUUGAUGUGAUGUGUCACAAUCACAUCAGUUUCUAUUGGCCCAAAGAUAACAAGGGUGGGAGUGAUGGCCACAAUCUGCUGGUUUCAUUGGCACCAAUGGUCCUCACCUGUAUACAUGCUGUUUUUAACGACAGCAUUUUAAGAAUUCAUUAGAAUUUUUUUUGAUUUAUUCACGGACCCCCAUGCUAUGGUUCGCGGACCCCCAGGGGGUCCUAGGGCACCGCUUUGAGAACCACUGAUCUAAAAGAACCAAACAGAGACCGGAUCAGCCCGCGGUGUCUUGGUACAUGUGUGAUACAUUAACAGUCUGGAUGCUGAGGGGUGAACACCUCCUGCUCUGAAUGCAGAGAGGAGGGACUCACAGCAGCAUCCACUGCUCUCUGAGUAAGAACGAGACAUCAGAGCUAAACAUAUGUGUACGACCCCGAACCUGACCUGACCCGACCCGACCUGACCCGGGUUCGGUCAUAAUUUCUAUCAUUCUACACUCAGGCUUGUGUGGUAAAUGAGCGGUCAGGUGAAUCUGGACUCCCCUCAGGAAGCAGUCGUGUGUCAGCGGCCCGAGCACUGGCUCACGUGUAAAGUGAUAAUACAGGACCUCUAUGAGACCGCAUCGUUCCUCUGGACAGCAUUUAACCAGCUGAGAAUGUUGUCACACUCAGACAGGGAGGUCAUACACGCUCAUGCCCGCACUCUUCUGCAAGCUCUGCACGGUGCUGCAGGUCCACGACAAGAUGUGGAGACUCCAGACCCAGAUCUCUCCAGAGACGGGCGCACUCAUCCUCUGGGAAAAAGAGGAGACUUUAGAGGAGAGGGGAAAUGUACAGAGAGCUGACUGAGAAGAUCAGAAGAUCAACAAACCAUCCUACCCAACAUUAGCCAGAUCAGUAAUGAAUGAUGUCGGGGCAGUCGAGCUGUAAACGGGUCUGGUCUAUCUUUAAGGCCCUACGAUACAUGCUCAGUCUCCAUUAAACACCAGAAAGAACGAUAGAUUUGUUGCUAGUCCCUUUUUGAAAAAGAGUCUCUAGAGGGGUCUGAAAAGUUGGCAACACUGUGUACGCAUAUUUAAAAAACCCACAACAGAGACUUCUAAUGGAGCUGUUCUCCAGUAAACAAAGCCUUAGUUAGUCGUUCUCCUAUGACCGACUCUUUGACUCCCCGAGCGCACGAAGCCUGCCUGCGCCUUCACGUGAACAUUCACAGAGCGGCGAGUUUUGCCAAGUAGCACACCUUCAUCAGCUCUCCUCUCCCAUCAACAUACCUGCAGAAGGUUUGGAUAACUCUCAUGAAGAACAGGAAUAUAGAGAGCGAUAUGAAAGCAACAUAAUCAUCUCCAUAUUACAGCAUUGAUGGCUCAGAGCCUUGUUUGCAUAGACGCUGAGCGUGAUCGGCUCGUGCACGGCGAGGACAGAGUCGUGUUUCUGUCCGACACAUGCCAGACAAAAUGAAACCUUGAAAUCAGCUGAGUAAUGUCCCAUCAUGAAAGACUCUCAUCAUGAAGUUUGUUCAGUUAUCAUCCUGCCAUCACGACGCUCCACCAUCGCUUCCUUAACAACUUCUGUAAGAGUCACUUUUUUAGGCUUUACAAACUCACGCCUGCUCCUUCAUUGGGGUGGAAGUUACACUAAACAGCGGUUCACUUGAGGUCAGUCAUAUCUUGACAUACGGUCACACCCGGGCGUUCGAGCAGCCGAUGCACUCGGCCUCCGCUGUGUUGAAUCUGAUUCAUCCUCCUCUCCUCUCCUCGUCAGAGACCCAGGGCCAAAAAACCCCCACAUCUCAAGCUUUGCGUUCACGUCGUUGCCAUUUCCUUCCUGCCUUUUUCAACCUGAACUCUUAUUUAUUUAUUAUUAUGCAUCUGAAUGUGGUAAGCUAGGUCAUUUUAAAGCUAACGUAGAAUGUUUGAUAAUAGGUCAGAGGUGCGCUCUUACUACAGUGCACGCCUGUGUGUGUGUGUGUGUGUGUGUGUGUGUGUAUGUUUGUGUACAUAAAUAGAAAACGUGCAUUUGUUCCUGUUUUUAGAGAGAGAGACAGAAUCAGACUCUGAACACGGCGUGGGUCUGCGUGGAGUCUGUCAGGACUUGAAUGCAUCCGUGGCUGUGUGAGGAUGUGCCAAAGAGUCUGUUUACUUCCUUGUCUUGCCUCUGUAAAAGCUGUUUACAUUGGACCUGAUGGUGGAGGAAACUCUGCACAGAUAUCUCCCCUUUCCACACUGAACAAUGGACCCAACGUCGCACUGCGGAGUCCCAGCGACCCGGGCUACUGGAGCGGCUUCAUGGGACUCGUGUUGUUACUGUAGGUUAGAUUCUUAAACUCGAUUUCACGGGGAGAACUGUCGCUCCAAACGGAGACACACACACACGCCUGACCUCGGGCGCUCACGCAGAAGUCUGUUUCUGUCGGCUUCAGACGGUCUUCAUAUCAAACGCCAAGCGUCCGCCGCGCAGGCCGACCACUUUUCAAGUUCCAGUGUUCGAUCCAACGGUCCCCAAACCCCUCUCCGGAGUAUAGCUACAUACUAUAUAACUACAUGUACUUAAGAGACUGUUGACGCUAGUAGAGCUAUCAGCAGUUCUAUUAGCAAAGGUAGUUGAAAUAAGUGAUCUUAAUUCCUCUAUUGUGAUUUGAUUUCUGUAUUUUUUAUUGCUCUGUGCAUUUCUGUAUUUGCAGUCCUGCAAGGUGAAUCUUAGAGUAUUUUUUAUUUCUAUCCGUUAGUCUCUCUGAGCUGAAUCUUUGGUGCUGGUGAGAGUGUUGCAGGUGAGGAAACUUCUGAAUGUGAUCGUCACGUCCUGGUUUCAAAGGACUCUAAAAGAGCGAGCCUCGAAGGAGAGAGAGAGAGAGAAAGAGAGAGAGAGAGAGCGCUCUGCACGCCGAGGUCUGAUCCUCUGACUGCAUUACCGAGUGCAUCAGACGCUCGCUGCAUUAGAGCUCCUUUUAAAGAUUACCUGGGAAAGCCUCGGCUGGUGGAACCGGCUGAUUCGUGUGUGUGUGAGUGUGUGUGUGUGUGUGUGUGUGAGAAUGAGUGUGUUUAAAAAGAAAACGAGACGACAAUAACGAUUAAAAAGAAAAAGACGCAGUCAAGGGAAGAGGUGUACUGUACACAAAGGGUUAAGUUUAAAGAGAAUCAACUCCAGAACAAACAAUAAAUGUGAUUUCAAUUUCACACAUUCAA